GCGGGCCACCUCUCGGCGCAGCCCCCGCCGAGCAGCGCGGCACGCCGCUGGACUGAGGAUGAGGAGCCCAAGGGUGCUCAGGACGUGCCAGUCCCCUACCUGUGGCUGCAGCUCGGCGCCCGCAGGGAGCAGCCGCCUGCUCCCCCCGCACACCGCCCCGACACCGCGCCCCUGCCACUCCGCCCGAGCCCCAACCUCCUCACUGCGAUGCUGAGCGGAUUACGGGCCGGCACUUUGACAACUGCCUGCGCUCCCCAGAGCCGCCCUGCCUGCCGCAGCCUCUCUCCGCUCUCCGCGGCGGCGGCAGCUCCCCUGGGCCGGGCCGGCGGCGCUGAGCGAGCCCGGACCGGCCCCCAGGGAAGCCCCUUCGCAGGCAGCGGCAUGUCCCGGCCCGGGGACCCGCCGGGCUGCUGCGGGGCCACCCGCGGGAGGGGGCUGACACUUGCGUGAGCGGGGACAGCGGAACCCCUCGCCCGCCGCGGGGAAGAGCGGCGGCUCCCGGCGGGGCAGCGCUCGGCGGGCGGGGCGGGGGCUGCGGGGCGCCGUGAGCAGCCCCUGGGCAGCGCCCCGAGGCCGCGGAGCCGCUGGCCGCUGGGCAGGGCGCCCCUCGGGGCGGAGGGGAGCUCCCGCGCCCCGGCCCCGGGCCCGACAUGGUGCUGCUGUCGGGGCAUGGGGACCAGCUGGCCGGGGAGAGGGUCUGCCCCGCGCCGGCGGCGGCGAAGGAGAUGCCCGGCGCCGAGGCGGAGAGCAGCCCCGAGCAGGGCACGGAGGGGGCUGCCGCCGAGGAGCCGAGCGAGGAGGAGGAGGAGGAGGAGGAGGACUGCGAGGAGUACGAGGACUUCUCCGAGCUGCCUGACACCUGCAGCAUCGCCUCGGACGACUCCUUCUACCCACCGCUGGGGCUGGAUGACGACGACGAUGACACCUGGUCCCAGGACGGGGACGAGCGCGACAGCCCCGAGGCGCUCAGCCUCUUCCGAGCCUGCUGCACCAACAACAGCAUCGUGCUGAAGGCGCUCAUCCGCCAAGGCCCCGGAGAGGAGGAGGUGCGGGAGGCCGACCGCAAUCGCCGGAAUGGUCUUAUCAUUGCCUGUUACCAAGGUUAUGUGGAUAUUGUAAUAGCCUUAGCACAAUGCCCUCACCUUGAUGUGAACUGGCAAGACAACGAAGGGAACACAGCUCUAAUUACAGCUGCACAGGCAGGGCACAUAACCAUUACAAACUAUUUGUUGAACUAUUUUCCCGGGCUUGAUAUUGAGAAGAGGAAUGCAUUUGGAUUCACAGCACUGAUGAAAUCUGCAAUGCAGGGCCGAACAGAAUGUGUGAAAGCCUUGAUGAUGGCAGGGGCAAAUGUCCAUGCGACUGACCCAAGCCGUGGACUGACUUCAUGGGAAUGGGCUUGUUUCACAGGAAGAUCAGAAUCUGCCUUCAUCAUGCAAAAGUUGAUGGACAGGCCAUGCCCAGAACAGUUUUCUGAUCAAUAUAAACCAGAAUGGCCAAAGAUGAAGGAACUUCUUGCCAAGGCUGCAGAGCCAAAAAGCUGUUUGCAGAAGAUUUCUGAGUGCGUACGGGCAGCUGUCUCAUUCCGGUCUUUCUAUGGCCCAGAAGAAGAUGGGGUCCUUGACCACAUGGUGAAGGUGACAACAAGCCUGGGCAGUCCUUUCAUUGCUCUGGCAUGCCGGACUGUGUGCCCAGGCAGCCCACCCUCUGUCGGUAAACGCAGACUGGCCGUGCAGGAAAUCCUUAAGAAGCAGAGAGCAGAGGAGAUCCGAUCUCAAGACAAAGAUCACGUUAGCAGCUACGAGAAGCUCUUUCAGAACUCCAGAGUCACAGUGAUCCCCAAGAAGAAGGAACGUCGAGCCAGUCUGCAGCCCAUCAGCCUUGCAGUGAACACAGUAGCCACGAGGAAAGCAAGCCUCCUACCGCUUCACCUGCUUAGACGGAGCAGCGUCAGGCCAGGAUUUGUCAUCCCCAAAGUCCGUGUCAGCAAGGCUCCUCCACCCACCUUCCAGCCAGAAAAGGCGAGAAGGAGGAGCAGUGCAAAGGAUGACCCCUAUUUGCAGAUUCCCAAAUGGAGAUACAAGGAGCUAAAAGAGGAGCGGAAGAAGGCAGAGGAACAGGACAAGAAUAGAGCAGCAGAGACUCAAAAGCUGAGGCAGGUGUCUCCUACCCGAAGCAGGACCUGAUUUAAAGGCAGUCAUUUAGAAGGUUCUUGAGCUACUAGUCUUGUUAUCUGAGCAAGAUAACAGACUGAAUGCCUUUGUGCAGGCCCACUGUUCAUGGAGCUGGAAUACUGAGCAAUGGCCUUUAAAGUGCAGAAAUACAGCAAGGGUUAUGCCACAGCAUGUCUGAUGCUGGAGCACAAAUAUAUUUUGAGGUGGAAGACUUACUAAGUUUGCCUGUUUGCUGUUGAGAGGAAGUUCUAAGUGGUGCGGUCCUCUUGCAGAUUCCUGUUUUACCAGCUCCAGGUGAAUGACUGAGAAACAGCUUGAAAAAUAACAUAUAUGUGACAGGAUUAUAUUUUGUGUUUGUUCAUUUUGUAAUGGACAAAAUGAAGGAGUUGUGCUUUUGACAGUAGACAUUCCUUCCUCUCCUUCCAUAGGUAGAUAUAUUGCAAGGUUUUAUAGUAAUAAUGAAAAGUUUAAAAUAUACCAGUGUUGGUGGCAGUGAAAAUCCAGGUCUUCAGUUGUUUUGGAUAUACUAAGCACUUUAUUUCUAUUCCAGUAAACAAAGUUUAAGGAUAGGUAUUAAACUGUACAGCUCUAUACAGUCCGUAUGGAUACAAGUCUUAAUGCAUAUUGUUUGCUCUGUUGAAUAUAAAAAGGGCUGCAUAUGAAAUAUCUCUGCAGUUGAGGUAUUCACAUCUUCUGCAGGUAUAAAUCAAGGGCAGGGACUGAUUUCUUUGAAGCCACAGAGAAGCUGAGAUAAGAUUUGAAUGCCACCAUCACCUAAGAUUUGCCUCCCCUGUUAGGUUUCCCUUUAUCCGUUAUCUGUUGUUUCCUCUUUAGUCUCAGGGAAUUUUUUGUCAUUGCAUUUAAAUGUGAAAUAAGGGAGAUGGUGAGGCACAGGUGGGCUUUUUUCAGGUUGAUAUUUAAAUUCCUGUUUUAAAAACCAGGUUUAUUGUGAGCUUUUCCAGAUUAUAGCCAGGACAAGAAAAUCAUGCAGCUUGAAGAAGUUCAAUUUUCCCAGGUAUCAAGUCCAGCUAUAUACUACGAAAUGCAGUAUCAGGUAGCUCAGGCACUAAUGUGGUCAGAUGUCACUGUAAUCUUUGAUACUACACCUCUGGGUGCCCAGGGAGAGCAGUACCUCACCCCUCUCUCUCUCAACACUGGGAGAAAACCUUCCCUAGUAUGUAAGUGCAUCUCCAAGCAGCACUUCCCACAGGUUGCUGCAGGUUCUUGCAGUCCAUGUUAAGGCUUCCUUUGGUUUUACCAGCAGUCAGCCUGAGCAGCCUGCCAAACCCUGGCAAAUUCUGAUAAGGAAGGGCUGUAAACCUGCUGCUUGCUGAAGAAAGAUGAUGUUCAUAGAAGUAGAGGUCAAACACAAACAGCAAGUCAUACAGCACAUCUCAGGGUAAGGUUUUGCUCAGGAUUUGUGCCUGUUUGAACUGAAAUGUGCUGUGGUGUGUGUCCUCCUGAAGGUGUAGCUGUGCUGGAAGCCAGGCAGACCCACCUCCUGCUGUCACUGGCUUCUCCCUUUAAUUAAAGAGAGGGGAAACUUUUCCAUCCUUUACUCCCACAGCACGAAACCUGGCCGUGGUCUCACUGAAUUUGUAAUGAAACUGUGCAUGUCAUGGGAGAAAUAAAUUCAGUUGAUUGAAAACUAGUGCUCAGAUCAGCGCUGCCACCUCGCAUCUGUGGUGUCAGGGCUUGACAGAGGUUAUGACAGAUGUCUAAAACAAGGAUUUUGCACACAGCUUGUUCUUUUUACUUCUUGCUGGAGUAGCUGUGCUGGCCAGACUGCAUUGCCAGGUACACUCCCAGGUCAGAGCUGGAGGAAUAUGCACCUGCUAAUACACUUCCUGUGAAUAUGAAGAGGAUUUUAGUCUGCAAGUGCAUCAGUGCUGUGCAAUUCAUAGGCACCAAUUUUACAAUGGCUUUGGAGUGACCAGAAUAUAAGCUGAACACAUUAUUUUGGAGAGUAGGAAGACAAUAUUUUAGCUGUCUGUGGCAAAGGUAUCAGGAUGGAUUUUGAAUUAAAUUGGAUUGAAUGGUUUAACUAAUAAUUUUUGUUUACUGCCAACCUAGCAUUUUGAAGAUUAGCACUCAGAUUCAGUAUCUGAAAAGCAACCUGUGCUGCAGGUGAGCACUUGAAUUUGCACUUUCAGUAUCACUUGCAAGAGAUAGACAAUUGACAGGUGCUCUCAGGGAUUAACAUACAGUAUGUUAGAAUUGAGGACUGAAAAUUAAGCCCAUUUUCUAAUCCUUUGUACUUUACUGUGUUUAUGUGCAUAAAUAUGUGAUAUUUCCAUUAAAAGAGGCGCAAACUGUUAAACUUA